AGACAUCCGAGUGAUUUUCCUGUUUAUUUUUAGUUUUUUCCUUUGUCGACGAACACGCAAAUGCAUGUGUUCGUUGCAAUCAAGAUCACACAUCAAAUUUCAAAGUUUAAGUUUUGUUUUGUUAAAUGAGAUUGUGCGAUGAGUCCGGGGGAGGGCAAUAUUGUGAGGCACACGGUGCAGUCGCAUGGAGCAAGGCUGGUAAGGCUGCAUAUGCAGGAUUGGGUUAUUCUGCUCCUCCUUGCCGGAAUUGAUGGCUGCCUCAACAUCAUCGAGCCCUUCCAUCGCUACAUAAGCUCCGACCUCAUGACUGACCUCAAAUACCCUCUCAAAAUACCAGACACCGUCCCUAUGUGGGCUGUCCCUGUGUAUGCUGUGAUCUUGCCAUGCUUGGUGUUUUUGAUUUAUUACCACCGCAGAAAGGAUGUUUAUGAUCUGCACCAUGCUAUUCUUGGGCUUGCUUAUUCUGUUCUGAUCACGGCAGUCAUAACCGAUUCCAUAAAAGAUGCUGUGGGACGACCUCGCCCCAACUUCUACUUUCGCUGCUUCCCCGAUGGAAUCGCGAUAUUUAACCCUAACAACGGGGACGUUAUGUGCACCGGAGAUCGGAAGCUUAUAAAAGAGGGAUACAAAAGCUUUCCGAGUGGCCAUUCUGCAUGGUCAUUCGCGGGGUUAGGGUUUCUGGCAUGGUAUCUAUCUGGGAAAAUAAAAGUGUUUGAUAAAAGAGGGCAUGCGGCCAAGAUUUGCAUUGUGCUUAUUCCUUAUUUGUUUGCUGCACUUGUUGCUAUUUCUCGUGUCGACGACUAUUGGCAUCACUGGACCGAUGUGUUUACUGGAUCCAUGUUAGGAAUUGUUGUUUCUUCGAUUUGCUAUCUCCAGUUUUUCCCAUUCCCGAAUUGCAAUAAUGGUUGGGCAACACAUGCAUUUAUUAGAAUGAUGGAAGAAAACAGUUUCGAAUGUGAUAUUGAAGAAAUAGAAACCACUCAGUUUCGGCAUGAGGAUCGCAGAGAUCGACCGACGCCUGUAGAGGAGAUCAAUGGGAGGGAUCGUGAUCGUGAUCGUGAUCGUGAUCGUGAUCGUGAGCCGUGCAGGAUAAUUGCAUUUUAAUUUUACCCAAAUCGAUAUACUACAUGCCAAUUAUUCAAGAUCAUCCAUAUUGGGGUGUAUAUUUAUAUUGUAAGUAAGAGCU